CAAACCCGGAAGCGGAGCUUUAAUGAUGACGUUGAAUGUUGAUGUAGGCAGCAAGAUGGCGUCCACGGAGCAGUGUCUCCCGGAACUCGCGGAUAAAGAGACGCGGGAGAAGCUCGCGCUCUGGGACCGGAGCUCUGAGCCCACGGCGCCGCUCACGGAGAAGCAGACGGACUCGGUGCUGGAGAUCCGCUCGGCCGCGGAGACGCUCCCUGUUCCCGCAGAGCUGCCGAUUGAGGAUCUGUGUGUCCUGUCUUCUCGCUCUCUGCUCUCUCCGUUCACGGCCGCCGUUCCCGCCUCCACGGAGGACGUGCUGAUGAAGGGGUUCCAGACGCUGCAGAUGGAGAACGACCGGAUAGAGACGGCUCAGCAGUUCUUCUCCUGGUUCUCCAAACUGCAGACUCACAUGGACCAAGAAGAAGGCGCCAACUACAGGAAAACGCGGGAGUGUUUGAGCUGUUAUCAGGAGCAGUGCGACGCCAUUUUAACCGACGUUAACGAGGCUCUUAAUCAUUUGGACUCUCUACAGAAACAAUAUUUAUUCGUUUCCACAAAGACAGGAACGCUACACGAGGCCUGUGAACAGCUACUGAAGGAGCAGUCAGAACUGGUGGAUUUGGCCGAAAGCAUCCAGCAGAAGCUUUCCUACUUUAACGAACUGGAGAACGUAAACACGAAACUGAACUCGCCCACGUUGUCGGUGAACAGCGAGGGCUUCGUACCCAUGCUCUCCAAAUUAGACGACUGCAUCGAGUACGUUUCAUCACACCCGAACUUUAAGGAUUAUCCGGUGUACCUCGCCAAAUUCAGGCAGUGUUUGUCCAGAGCUUUGCAUCUCCUGAAGACUCACAUCAUCAACACGUUACAAAAUCUCACAAAUCAGCUCACAAAGCGGGACCCUGCGGCCGCGGCGAACGUGGACAACGCCUUCACGCUUUAUUACGUGAAAUUCCGAGCGGCAGCACCAAAGCUCAGAACGCUAAUCGAGCAGGUUGAGCAGCGGUCAGAGAAAAUCCCAGAGUAUCAGCAGCUGCUGGAUGAUGUCCAUCAGUGUUAUCUGGAUCAGAGAGAAGUUCUGCUCGCUCCCAGCAUUAAGUCCACCAUCACUGAGCUGACAGGACAGAACAACAAGGACCACUGCGCUCUAGUGCGCAGCGGCUGUGCUUUCAUGGUGCACGUGUGUCAAGACGAACAUCAGCUUUAUAACGAAUUCUUCUCCAAACCCACAGUCAAGCUGGACGAGCUGCUAGAGAAGCUGUGCGUGUCUCUGUAUGACGUUCUGCGGCCGCUCAUCAUCCACGUGGUCCACCUGGAGACGCUGUCGGAGCUCUGCAGCAUUUUAAAGAACGAGAUGCUGGAGGAUCACGUGCACAACAACGCGGUGCAGUUGUGUGCGUUCGAUGCCGUGGUGAAACAGAUGCUGGAGGAUGUUCAGGAAAGACUUGUCUACAGAACACACAUCUACAUCCAGACGGACAUCAGCGGAUACAACCCGGCACCGGGAGACCUCGCCUACCCCGACAAACUGCAGAUGAUGGAGAAAAUUGCUCAGUCUCUGAAAGAAGAGCAGGUGAAACUUGACACCUCCUUCAGCGAUGUCCAGCUGGAGGAAUCUGACUCCAGGAAGAUCGGAAAUACUGGAACCAUCUCUCCUGCUGAUCUGCACGGAAUGUGGUAUCCGACAGUCAGACGCACGUUAUUGUGUUUAUCUAAACUCUACCGCUGCAUUGAUAGGGCCGUUUUUCAGGGUUUGUCUCAGGAAGCGCUGUCAGCUUGUAUCCUGUCUCUGCUUAAAGCUUCUGAAUUCAUCCUGAAGAACAAGAGUCAGAUUGACGGGCAGCUCUUCCUCAUCAAGCACCUCCUCAUUAUGCGAGAGCAGAUCGCACCUUUCCACACCGAUUUUGCCAUUAAAGAGAUCUCACUGGACCUGAAGAAAACCAGAGACGCUGCCUUUAAGAUCCUGAAUCCCAAAGCCGUGCCCAAAUUCUUCCGUCUCAACAGCCACAACGCCAUCCUGGAGUUCCUGCUCGAGGGAACUCCAGAGAUCAAAGAGCACUACAUUGACUCGAAGAAGGAGGUGGACCGGCACCUGAAGUCCAGCUGUGAGCAGUUUAUUCAGCAGCAGACUCGCAUGUUCGUGGGAAAUCUGGAGGAGUUUCUCACCAAGGUGUCUGCACUGAAGGCGAUGGCGGUUGGAGGAGGGCCGAAUUACCAGCUCUCUCAGCAGCCCUGGGCUCAGCCUGCAAAGGUCAACGACCUGGUGAUGUCCACGUAUCGGGUGAUGAAGACUAAACUGCCGCUGACGUUACAGAGCAUGACGCUGUAUCUGGCGAACAAAGACACGGAGUUCAUCCUGUUCAAACCCGUCAGGAAUAACAUCCAGCAGAUGUUCACGAAGCUCCACACACUGCUGCAGGAGGAGUACAGCGGCGAGGACCUGCAGAUCAUCGCCUGUCCCUCCAUGGAGCAGAUCAAUCUGUUGCUGUCGGUGAGUAAAUAGACGAGAAGCGAGAGCUCGAUGGACGAGAUGAAGAUGAAAUCGAGUUCUUCAUCCAACACAAGAUUCAGAAGAUAAAUGUGUUACACACAAUGUUUCUUAUUUUUACACUAAAACAUUUCUGUAUAAAGAAGAAUCCAGAGCAGUGUGUUUCUGUGACAUACCGCGAGCAAAAAAAAAUGGCUGCAGAGUUGCAGAAAGUUUCCAAAGGAACAGGACAUUUCGAAUACCAGUCCUUCCUGAGCAGCACCUCGUCCUGUUUCCAUGGAAACGGUGUGUAACUGCCCUGCCGUUUUUCCUCCGCACAUCUAAACGUGUGCUGCGAGGAGUGCAGUUGCAGAAUGCAUUUUGGGAGGUCAGUUUUUUUUAUUAGUGUGUUAUAGUUUUUAUAAUAUAUUCUGAUGAAUGUAAAUGUACAGAUAAAAUCUCACACUGUUCCGAUGUUCAGCUGAUGUUUACUCUCGACAUGACUUCCUGUCUGAGGGGUGAAAUGAAUAAACAUGGACAAGGUGAUGGACGUCUUUCUCAAUUAAAGUCCCCUGAACCUAUUGUGUUCUUACUGUGA